AUGUGAGAUACUGGAGAAAACUGGUCGAAGAGCACAAUUCUCAGACAUUGUGAAGUACAUCGAGCGCCAGGUCAGAAUCACUUCAGAUCCAGUCUUUGGUGACAUACAGGACACUUCACCUGUUAUCAAAGGAGCUACCAAAGCAAGCAAGUUACCGGUGAAACAACAGCUGAGAAGAAACAGCUUUGCAACACAGGUGGUCAUUGAGGAUGGAUACAAAGCAGAUGCCCACAAGAUUGAGGAUGGAUGCAGCAAACCAGAUGGUAACAAGAAGGAAAAGGCUCAGAACAAAAUGACAUCCUUUGCUAAGACUGAUUCUAUUUCCUGCCUUUAUUGUGCUGCUGGUAAUCAUGUUUUGGAACAAUGUUUUAAACUGGGAAGAAAGACACACAGGGAGAAACUGGACUAUCUAAAGGAGAAAGGUCUGUGUUUCAGUUGCUUGUGCACAGGACACUUAAGCAAGAAUUGCGACAGGCGCAUAAUAUGCAACAAGUGUAACCGAACGCAUCCCAGUGUUUUGCACAUAGAGAAGGAAAGGAUUAUUCCGAAAGCUCAGAAGGAUGGCGAGCAGAAGAAUACUGACAAGUCAAAUACUUCAGACAGUUGUACAACAUCCUCCGCUUGUGGUCUUACAGGGGCUGGCCACUGCAAUGGAAUUCUUCCCAUUUUGCCUGUUAAGGUGAAGUGCUCAAAGGGAAACAAAAUUAUUGAAACCAAUGCUUUUCUGGACCCAGGGAGUACAGGAACUUUCUGCACCAGGAAGCUCAUUGACAAGUUGAACGUGGAAGGACGCAAAUUCAAAAUUCAUAUCCGCACUUUGGGCCAUAAUAACGCAGUAGAAAGCUCUGUUGUUGACAGUCUGGAGAUUUCAGGUAUAACUGGUGAGUGCUUCUAUCCACUUCCCAAAGUGUGUACCCAGAAAGAGAUGCCUGUCUCUACAGCCAACAUAAUCAGCGAAAGGGAGCUGAGAAAAUGGCCUUAUUUAGAUGAUGUUAAAAUUCCCCGCAUAAACGCUGAUGUUGACCUGUUAAUUGGCACAAACGCCUCCAAGUUGAUGGAGCCUUGGAAGGUGAUUAACAGUCGCGAUGGUGAAGAUGGACCCUACGCGAUCAAAACCCUACUGGGGUGGGUAAUAAAUGGUCCGUUACGGGGAAGUAGUGACUGUGGAAGUGAACACCCUUCCGUUUAUGCCAACAGAAUUGCCAUUGACAGAAUUGAAGAACUGUUAACUAGCCAGUACAAUUAUGACUUCAAUGAGCGAGCUUCUGCAGAACAGGAAGAAAUGUCAAGGGAAGAAAAGAAGUUUGUGGAGAAAAUGGAAAGCUCUGUUCAGCUUCAGAAUGGACACUACGUGUUUCAAAUGCCUUUUAAAGAGAAAGAUGUUUCCAUGCCGAACAACCUCUGUGUUGCCAUGCAACGUGUUCGUGGGCUGAAAAGGAGACUUCAGAAAGAUGUUAGCUUUCAUGAGGAGUACAACAACUUUCUUGCUGAUGUCAUUGGCAAUGGCUAUGCCGAAGAAGUACCGCAGCAUCAGUUGGAAACGCCAACAGGAAAGGUGUGGUAUAUCCCGCACCACGGCGUGUACCAUCCACGGAAGGGAAAGCUACGGGUGGUGUUUGACUGUGGAGCAGAGUACCAAGGGAUCUCGCUCAACAGUCAGCUUUUGCAAGGACCGAACCUCACCAGCUCGUUAGUUGGAGUUCUUGUGAGGUUCAGGGAGGAACAAGUGGCCAUAAUGGCGGACAUAAAGGCUAUGUUCCACCAGGUUAAAGUGGCAGAGGAACACCGGGACUACUUAAGAUUCUUAUGGUGGCCUCAAGGUAACCUGGAACAAGAUCUUGUAGAGCAUCGCAUGACUGUCCAUUUAUUUGGAGCGGUUUCAUCACCCAGUGUUGCCUGCCUUGCUCUUAGAAAGACCGCUGAAGACAAUCAGGCCAACUUUUCAACAGAAGUGAUUGAAACAGUUAACCGAAACUUCUAUAUGGACGACCUAUUGAAGAGUCUACCCUCUGAAGCGGAUGCAGUUACCAUGGCUAAGAAUCUUACAACCAUUUGCGACAGAGGGGGGUUCACCCUCACUCAAUGGAUUAGUAACAGUCGAAGAGUGCUUCAAAGCCUCCCAGAGGAUCUCCGGUCCAAGAACCUGCAUGAGCUUGAUCUGGACAGGGAUAAGCUGCCAUUGGACCGAGCUUUGGGUUUGCAGUGGUGUAUCGAGACGGACACUUUCAAAUUCAAGCUGAAAGUCAAAGAGAAGCCGCCAACCAAGCGAGGCAUGCUAUCCAUCAUCAGUUCCGUCUACGACCCAUUAGGUUUCCUGGCACCUCUAAUACUCCCGGCCAAGCUGCUGUUGCAGGAGUUAUGCAGGACAAAGUGUGAGUGGGACGAUCCAAUACCUCCAGCUUUCCGGCAGAAGUGGAAAAAAUGGCUGACAGAUCUUGAGAAGGUGGCAUAUUUCAAGAUCCCUAGAUGUGUGAAACCUGAAGGAUUUGGUAGGACUGUCAGUGCCCAAUUGCAUCACUUCGCCGAUGCAAGCGAGAACGGCUAUGGUACAGCUACUUACCUUAGGAUGCAGAACAUGGAUGGGAGGGUUCAUGUUGCUUUCUUAUUUGGCAAAGCCAGAGUGUCCCCCCUGAAGCCUGUCACCAUUCCCCGGCUGGAGCUCACUGCUGCCGUUGUUGCAGUACGAGUGGACAAGAUGUUUCGAUCAGAGCUCCAGCUUCCACUGAAGAAGACCUGCUUUUGGACUGACAGCACAUCAGUUCUUAAGUACAUAAAAAAUGAGGACCGAAGAUUUCAAACCUUUGUAGCAAACAGGGUAACCACCAUCAGGGACAACUCGGAAGUUGAUCAGUGGAGAUACGUUCCCACAUCCCUCAACCCUGCUGACGAUGCUUCACGUGGAUUGAAGGCAGAAGAUCUUGUGAAGCAAAGAUGGAUAGAAGGCCCGGAAUUCCUACGGGAACCUGAAGAAACAUGGCCAACAUUUCCUGUGGAUUCAAGUGUCACUGCCGACGACCCAGAAGUAAAGCGAAGUCUGACGGUCAAUGCAAUACUGGUUGACAGCAACGCCACAUCACAACUGAUUACCCAUUUCUCUGAUUGGCAAAGAUUGAAGGUUGCAGUUGCGUGGCUCAUUAAGCUAAAAGGAACUCUGCUCAAACUAAGGAUGAAAAGAAAAGAGUUAGAGUGUGCAAACACCAGUGCUACUGGAGCAGCCAGGGUUGAUGUGCAAAAGGAGAUGCAAGCUUUCUCAACAUCACUUGGGAACCAGAAGGUGACACUGGAAGAUCUCUUGGAGGCUGAGACCUCCAUAAUCGCUUUUUGCCAGCAAGAGAGAUUUCCCACUGAAUUUGCUGCACUAACCUCUGGCAAGCCACAAGUGCCAAGAAGUAGCAGCAUCCUCAAAUUAGAUCCAGUUCUAAAAGGAGGACUUCUACGAGUUGGGGGACGGUUGAAUAAGGCAGCAAUCCCUGAGGACGUUAAACACCCCCUCAUCUUGUCAAAAGACCAACACAUUUCCGACCUUAUCCUCCAUCAUGUCCAUUUGCAGCUUGGACAUGGAGGCAGAAAUCAUGUUCUUUCUGCUAUAAGGAGAAAAUACUGGAUCACAAGUGGACCUACUGCAGUGAGGAAAAUUAUAUUAAGAUGCCUCAUCUGUAAGCUCCAUGGUAGGAAAACCGCUGAGCAAAAAAUGGCAGACCUGCCAGAAGAGCGAGUGGUUCCUGAUCUUCCGCCAUUUACUAACGUUGGCGUAGAUUACUUUGGGCCAGUUGAUGUGAAAAGAGGGCGUAGCAUCGUGAAAAGGUAUGGAGUAGUAUUUACUUGCAUGACAAGCAGGGCCGUUCACCUAGAAGUGGCCUAUUCUCUGGACACAGACUCAUGCAUCAACGCAUUGCGAAGGUUCAUCUGUCGAAGAGGACAAGUCUCGCACUUGAGAUCCGACAAUGGCACCAACUUUGUGGGUGCAGAAAAGGAGCUGCGAGAAGCCUUAACCUCUUUGAAUCAUGACCGCAUUGAAAAGGCCUUGUCCAAGAAGGGAAUCAAGUGGAGCUUUAACCCUCCAGGUGGGUCACAUCACGGUGGUGCUUGGGAGCGUAUGAUACGGAUGAUCAGGAAGAUUUUGUGCUCUGUGCUCCGUCAGCAAACCUUGGAUGACGAAGGGUUCCAUACUGUGCUCUGUGAGGCUGAAGCUAUGCUCAACGAUCGCCCUAUCACAAAGCUGUCAGAAGACCCCAACGACAUUGAGGCGUUGACGCCGAACCAUUUGCUACUCCUCAAAGGGAAACCAGUUCUCCCACCAGGACUGUUCGACAAAGAGGAUGUUUACGCAAGGAGAAGGUGGAAACAAACACAGUACAUCUCGGAUCUCUUUUGGAAAAGGUGGAUCCGCGAAUAUUUACCGCUUUUACAGGAGCGUCAAAAAUGGAACCAGGAAAAGAGGAGUUUUCUUCCUGGAGACCUGGUCAUGGUUGUGGACUCCUCAGCACCACGUGGAUCAUGGAUGCUAGGAAGAGUCCUGGAAACCUUCCCUGAUAAGAGGGGUCUGGUACGUGUGGUUCGUUUGAAGACCAAGACAAACAUCAUUGAACGACCCAUAACCAAAAUAUGCUUGCUUAAUGAAAUUAAAGAGUAA